GCCCUAGUGUGCGCCAGUGUCUCGCCCCCCGACGAGCGAGCCGCACGUCCCGCGAGCUGUGUUUAUGCUUCGUACCUUCCUGUAUAUACACUCGUAUCCACAUAUACCUGCGUACACUCAGUGCUUCGUACAAUCCGCAAGUAUAUACUUACUCCUCAGUGUCUGUGAGUGUGCGUGCGUGCGUCGAUUGAAAAGGCGAGAAGUCGGAGAGAGAGAGAGAGAGAGAGAGAGCACGAGGCGGCGAAGGACAAUGGACAGGAGAGCUUCGACUGCGGCAGCGUUUCGGCCGGUCCGAUGACGCGACUCCAGUAGCGCCAGAGAGAGAGAGAGAGAGAUAUCCCUUUUCUGCACGUCAGCCAUCAGUGUGAGAGAGCGAACCGCCGGCGUUGUUUUCCAUAAGUGCGUGUGUGAUCUAUCUCUAUACCCACACGUGCCAGUGAUCGAGGAUCAAAGUCGAGGAAAACAAAGGCAGAAGAGGCGCGAUUCCAAUUGGCCCGGCUUUUUUUCGGCCGAUCGAUCGCAAGGGAUCCCGGCGAUGCUCACGCGAAGCAUCAGCGACCGCCUCGUCAGCAGCUGAAGAAGAAAAACAAGCUCUCCUCUAACGAACUCAUCGUCGCCGCAUCCGGCCAGCAGUCCCCCGCAUACAUCGAGCACCGCCACGGUUCUCUCUACCGAUCGUCCAACAGCCAAACGAGUUCAUCAUGUCGUCGACGGAGAACCAACAGCAGCAGCAGCAAAACGGCACGAGCAACGGCCUCAAGACGUCCGCCUUAUCGGGUCUCUCGUCCUCGGCUCGCAGCACGACCAACUCGUCCUUCCUCUACAGCAGCAACUCGCUGCUCAGCGGAAGCAGAUCGGCGGCGGCGGCCGCGGUCGACAAGACGGGCGCCACGCGACAGGCGCCUCCGCCCACGCUGCCCAAGUACACGUCGAGCUUCAACGCAGGAAGCAACGGCACCGCCAGCGCCGCCGACAGGCUCAGCAAGGAUCGCGAGGGCGGCGGUAGCUACAGACUGGCCAGCCUCGACAGACUCGCCCUCAGGCAGAGGAUUUUAGACGGGGAGAACAACAAGCCCAACGGCGAUGCCAACUCGAUCCAGACGAAGCGGGAGCUCUUCUUCAAGGGUGAGAACGUCUCGAUAACGUCGCCUUCAGCAAUGCCGCCGACGGUGCCGUCGGUGCCGCCGCCUCAGCCGCCGAGCGCGAACAACGUGAACAACAACUCGGCGAUGACGACGACGACGCCGACGACGACGAACAACAGCGUCUCCUCGGCCCCGACCUCGGCGCCGCCGUCCGCGCCGGCCAAGCCCCGACUCCCGGCCUCUCUCAGCCAGAGCGACUCGGCCGAGCUGGACAGCAACAAGCGCGAGUCGGCCCGGGCGGCCUACGAGAGCGCCAAGGAGGCGGCUCAGCUCGCCGCGGCCCAGGCGGCCAACAACAGACCCGCUCCCCCGACUAAGCCCAAGGAACUCGAUGGAUACGUCGGCUUCGCGAAUCUGCCCAACCAGGUGUACAGGAAGGCCGUGAAGAAGGGAUUCGAGUUCACGCUCAUGGUCGUCGGCGAGUCGGGACUGGGCAAAUCCACGAUGAUAAAUUCCCUCUUCCUCACGGACAUCUACAGCGCGGAGCAUCCGGGCCCGAGUCUCCGAAUGAAGAAAACCGUUGCCGUGGAGACCAGCAAAGUUCUGCUCAAGGAGAACGGGGUGAACCUCACGCUCACGAUCGUCGACACGCCUGGCUUCGGCGAUGCCGUGGACAAUAGCAAUUGCUGGCAGCCGGUGAUCGAGUACAUCGAGAACAAGUACGAGGAGUUCCUGAACGCCGAGUCGCGGGUGAUGAGACGUCAGAUACCGGACAGCCGAGUCCACUGCUGCCUGUACUUCGUCGCGCCCUCGGGCCACGGGUUGAAGCCCCUCGACGUCGAGUUCAUGCAACGGCUCCACGACAAAGUCAACAUCAUACCCGUCAUUGCUAAAGCCGACACCAUGACACCCGACGAAUGCGCCUAUUUUAAGAAACAAAUAUUAAACGAAAUAGCUCAGCACAAAAUAAAGAUAUACGAGUUUCCGGAAGCCGAGGACGAAGAAGACAGUAAAUUGCACAAAGUCCUGAGGGACAGAGUCCCUUUCGCGAUUGUCGGUGCAAAUACAGUCAUCGAGCACGACGGCAAGAAAGUACGGGGUAGAAAAUAUCCUUGGGGAGUGGUAGAAGUUGAAAAUCUGGAACAUAACGAUUUCAUUGCUCUACGGAACAUGAUCAUUCGGACGCACCUGCAGGACUUGAAGGAUGUGACGAACAAUGUUCACUACGAGAACUUCAGAUGUCGUACCCUGGCAGGCCUCAGUGUUGAUGGAAAACCCACGAGGGUGUCCAACAAUUUGUGCCCUCCUGGAGUGAUGAACAGUUUCAUGAUGGUGUGGAAUCCAUUGGCACAAAUGGAAGAAGAAAAGAGAGAACAUGAAAAUAAAAUGAAGAAGAUGGAAAUCGAAAUGGAGCAAGUAUUUGAAAUGAAAGUACGAGAGAAGAGACAAAAGCUUAAAGAUUUGGAAACAGAUCUUCAACGAAGGCACGAACAAAUGCGACGUUCCUUGGAACAGCAAGCAAAAGAACUUGAGGAAAAGAGGCGUGCAUUUGAGGGAGAAAGGUCAGGAUGGGAACAACAGACUGGCCACAGUAUUGAAGAAUUGCGUCGACGAAGUCUCGAAGCAAAUUCUAAAGAAGCCGUCGACGGCAAGGACAAGAAGAACAAGAAGAAGGGCCUGUUCUAAAGCGCCUCUAAGCUGCAUUACACAGCCAAAGAUCCGAAAGUGGUCAGUUUGGUAUCAGAGCCCCUCGCCCACACGCACACACACAUACUCAAAAAGAGAGUCAGAGACAAAAAGAACGAGUAUAAGUAUAUACAAAGCAGAAAAAAAAAAUAAUGAAAGCAUUUUUUAAAUAAAAGUAACACAACAAACCAUCCGAACGCCUUGAUGCGUGAGCGCGCUCGCAAAAUCGCAUAUAUACAAUACAUACACAGAUAUAUUUCAUGCGCUAAUAAAAGAAAGGAGUAAAAGAAGGAUAGCAAAAACCUCGUCGGCACCACAGCGUCGUUCAAUUUUCUACGUACAUAAUAAUAAUAAUAAACUUAAUUAAACGAGAUAGGGAUUGAAAUUGUAUAACGAACGAGGCGAGCGGUCGUCGCUCGAUGCAAGGGGACAAGGAGAUAAUCGAGAGGUCGCGAAAGCCCUCGUUUUCUCUCUUAUUUCUCGCAAGCAAAAAUCUGCAUGUCGACGACCGACGAAUUUUCUUCCUUGCUUUGCAUACGAACAUUACAGAAAAACAGUCGCGCGAGAGUGUCGAAGUGCAGUGGCCAUAUAUUUAUGUAUAAAAUUUAAAUUAAAGAAAAUACGUAUGAGAAUGAGUAUGUGAGGGAGAGAGAAAGAGAGAGUCUUUUACGGCACACACGUGUCGCGUAUAUAAUAUUGUGGCGUGUAAAGACGUAUAUCAUAAUAGAUUCAUACCGCGUAGCGUCGAUCGAAACGCUUGUCUAUAGUGUCUCGUCAAGACCCGUAUGUGUGUGUGCGAGCGUAUCUCAAGUGUGUGAAGAACCGUUGCCGAGAUUUCGGAAAUUCGGCUUUUUCUCCCACAAAGAGAGAUGGAAAACAAGAUUCCCGCGCGGCCCGUUGCCGAGUGUGUAACGCAAACAAAGAGUCAUACAUGUUAUACAAGAGAUUUCGUCGACUCACCGACAAAUUGACUUCGAAGCCUCUCGGAAGAGCGCUCGACGCAAUCGCUAUGACGAGAAUUCUUUCGCACGAGUAUAGCGCGAGAUUCUCGCAAGGGCCUAAAUUUUUUUACGGACGAGAAAAUCAGUCGCGGCGCUGAUUUUUUUACGAGGCUUCCGCGCUGUUGAUGUGUUUUUAAACGAUCAACUUUUAGAUGAGCAUAUAACAAUAUAUUCUUGCGCUUUGUGUAUCCUGUAUUAAUUUAUAUACGAGAGCAUCGAACAUCAUUUAUGAUUUUUUAAUAAAACAGCAGAAAACACACUUUGUUAUUUUAUUGAUAAUUAAGGAGAGUCUUCGAGUUUGCGGACACGACGCAUUUAGUGCCAAAACCGUAUGUAUCCUAAUCGCGAAUUAAAUCUCAAGCGAGUAGUAGGCGCCUUCCGGACACGUUCGCAGAUCUUAUAUACUCGCAGUUACCGGUCGUUCCAGUGCCAUCAGCGAUUCCAAUUUACGACGUGCAUUCGUACCCCUCGUGCCAAAACUAUAGAGCUUAAUUAUCGGUUAUUGGAUUCUCGUGUCAGUAAGAAAAGCAAAUAGGUCACGAUUUACACGAGUUUUUAUCUCACGCUCGAUUCAGUAUCCACUAUUUAAACCUAUGAGAUUUAUUUUUAUAUUUGCGUUGUUUUCAUUGUUGUAAACAUAUUAUAGUACACGUGUGUAACGACGCGUUUUUGAGAAUAAAAAGUUUUAUACAUGUAAAAUCGAACGAUUUCGACGUUUCUUUAUCGUAUCUCAUGCAAAAAUAUUUUAAAUAAUUGACGUCUAGUACACAAGCACGAUUAGGAUCACCUCGAGGAGUACGACUAAGAUAUCGCAAAACGUUUUUUACUUGCUCCUCUUUUUAGAAGCUUACACAACCGUUGACAUCUCUAUGCAGAAGUAAUAUUUAACUCGCAUGCAGAAGCAUAAACAUUGAUAAAAAAAACUACGCGCUUCCGACAAAAAAAGUCUCUCUCUCUAUAUCUCGCGAUAUUUUUCCGUAAAAGUUGAUUUCAAGACGCCGAGUGAGAGAAGAAAAAAUAUACGGAUGAUCCGACUCUUCCGUUAUGCGGGUGAACGAACUCAUUAGCAUAUACGGAAAUGUCGGAAUCCAGGAGAUGCGUCUCUUUUUCGGCUAUCGCCGAUAGCGCGCGUUGCUUGGGCAAGCCGGUUUUUCGGCUACUUUUACUAUUAGAAAAAAAAUCAACGCUUCCGUGCUCUCAUUCGACGUGGCGUCAGCUUUCUAUUUCCUCGCGCGAUCGAAUGAUUUUUUUCGCCCCUUGACAUGUAUCUUCCAGACGCGCGAAAUUUCGCCCUAUAGAGAUUACUUAUAUAGGGCGAGUAUGUGUGAUGGGAGACUGCAGGCAUGGGCUGGCGCGACGACUUCAAAAUCGAUUCGUCUCGGUGUGUAUAAUUAUUAUCGAAAGAGAAAGAGUAAUGUGUUUGUGAAUUUAUUGUCGAUACGUGAUAUAUAUACUGUAUUUAUAAUCUAUUUUUAUCAGUAUUCUUUUUUAUAACUGUCUUUUGUACACAAAUUAUGUAGAUUCGUCUAUCGAUUGUACUAUCUUGUAUCCAAAUUAUAUCGCUGUGUAACUUUAUUUAUACGUGAAAGAGUUUAUUGUAAUUAACGAUGUUUAGUAUUUCAGUUUAUACGUAAUGUAGAGUCAACGUUAAGUCUUGCGCACUUUUUUCAGCACGGGUGUACAAUAAUGUUUGUUUAAAUGACAAACGAUAGAUUUGUCGGACAUUUUAAUCGCUGCGAUUUCGUUCCGAUCAAUGUUGACAUUAAUGCGAAAUUUGAAGCGCGAUUAUUAAAUUGGUAGUAUAUUGCAUAUAUUUUUUGUGUUAUUUGAAGGAAUUGCGCUGAUAGAAAAGCAAGCACGCAUGGAGACAUACAUUUACGACAUUAUGAAAAAUCACGUCUUAUUAACGUUGAAUCUGUGAAGCUCGACUGUAAGCGCCGGAGCGUUACUAAUUCGUUUUUAAAUAUCAUCGACGUAUACAUUAAAAUAUAUAUUUUACGUGAGCGAGAAUUGAACAAAUAAAAGAAACCAAUGAAAAAAAGGUAAACCUUUAUAUAAUGCAACGGCGCCGACCGUUUAGAGAUAACAAAGCGAAAAGCUGACGCGUUCAAGGGCGCAUAUGACGAUUAUACGAAUGAACGUGUAUUUUAAUUCGUGUGAUGUUGUGUGUAUAGUAUCUUGAGAAUGAGAAAGCAAAUCGCUUCAUUCGUUUCUAUCCAAAAGUUCCAAAAGUUCCGCACAUAAAGCUUCGCGGGAAUAUCAUGUAUACACGCUAAUUGCAAGCUCGCGUUCGGAGAAUGAAUGACAGAGCGACAGUUGUUUUUUUUUAAUCAUAAAUAGACAGGGAGCUACCGCUGCUAUGUACUUGUAGGCGAUUUGAAUAGAACUCGCGACUGUAAGUGUAACACUUAUAUAUAUACAUUACGAUUAUGUAUUCGAUAAAUUAUCUAUAAAAACUA